UGCAACAUGCUUUAGUUGAAGAGCUAUCCGCACUAAAGAAAUUGCAAAUCAGAUUGAUAUACAGUCUAAACAUCCCUUAUCAAGGAUCCCAAAAUUUGAAAUACUCCAAAAAACCAAAAUUGUCUUUAUUGUAUCUGUUUUAGAAAAUGGAUGUCACGCUCAGAGCCAAUGAGUCCUGCCAACUUUUCUUUAGAACCAGUUUGAACCCAGUAAAAUUAUAUAUCACAGGUUACAAGGGGUUGUUUCCCUUCCAAAUAAAAUUGAGGAAAACCUUAUGUCCAAUCCCCGCAAAAAACUGGUCAAAGCAAAUCAAUUCAAGAAGUUCUACAAGAGAUCAUAAGCACAAGGUGUUUUUUUAUAUAUAUCUUCUCUCCUUGAUGCAUUUUUCCUUCUUUUAUGUUCUCCUCUGCAGAUCUAUCACAAUGUGCCAAUCUGCUCUGAUAAUUUGGAUUUUUUAUGUCACUCUGCUGUGCCAAGGUAUCUGUGGUCAGCAGGUUCCCAUUCACAGUCAACAUCAUCAUCAUGAACAGUAUUGGUACCAGACCGCAGUGGAUCAAAUCCCAGUAAUCAGCGGAGGUACCUGCAAGGUGAUUGCUGUUCGCCGCUGUUGUAACCACAAUCACAUUGAAGAACGGUCGCAAACCAUCCAGUGUUCCUGCCUCCCAGGGAAAGUGGCCGGGACAACCCGGGGCAAACCAUCUUGUGUGGAUACCUCCAUUGUGACAGGAAAGUGGUGGUGCGACAUGGAGCCCUGCCUGGAUGGAGAAGAGUGCAAAGCUUUGCCCGACAACUCAGGAUGGAUGUGCUCUGUUGGGAACCGUGUCAAAACUACCAAGAUCCACCCCAGAUACUGAUGAAGUCUGCAACUUAAAAAAAUGUCUUCUAAGCGUUGAAGAUGGAUAUUUGAUGAUGGCCAAAGACUCUGCUAUGGACACUAGCUGGAAAUGAACAUAACUCUCAUUAUAGCCCAUUGAUAAGGCAAAAACACAAUGGGAAACAGGAGGAACCUACCUUGUUGCUGUAUGACUAUGGAAAAGAUCAAGUAAACUUGAGAGAUUGGAAGCCGUC